GCUGGAGGUCGGCCUCAGGACCGGAAGGCGGAAGUCCGUGCCUCGUAGGGUUGGGAAAGAUGUCACUGGGGAGCCGCGUCCAGACGGACACGGGAGGGGGGUGCCUCACAGGAGCCAUGGAGAAAAUCAAGCUAGCCGUGGAGCGGGCCAGGGCAGCUUUCAACACAGGGAAGACGCGGCCCUUGGAAUUCAGGAUCCAGCAGCUGUUGGCCCUCAAGAAGAUGAUAAAGGAGAAGGAGAAGGACAUUGCGGCAGCCCUCAUGGCAGACCUCCACAAGAACGAGCUCAACUCUUUUAGCUACGAGAUUAUGGGCGCUCUGGGGGAGAUUGCUCUAAUGGUGGACAAACUCCCCGAAUGGGCUGCCCCUCAGUACGUGGAGAAGACCAUUAUGACGAUAAGUGACGAGACCUACAUCCACCGUGAGCCGCUGGGUGUGGUCCUGGUCAUCGGGGCAUGGAAUUACCCUUUCAUCCUCAUCAUGCAGCCGCUCAUUGGGGCCAUCGCCGCAGGGAACGCUGUUGUGCUUAAGCCAUCCGAGGUCAGCGAACACACGGCCAAGCUCUUCGAAGAAAUCCUCCCUCAGUACCUGGACAAGGAGCUGUUCCCGGUCGUCAACGGAGGGGUUCCGGAGACCACAGAGCUUCUGAAGCAGCGCUUCGACCACAUCCUCUACACAGGCAACAGCGCAGUGGGGAAAAUCGUCAUGGAGGCUGCCGCCAAGCACCUGACGCCUGUCACCCUCGAGCUGGGAGGGAAGAGCCCUUGUUACAUCGACAAAAACUGCGACAUCGACAUGGCGUGCAGGCGGAUCACAUGGGGGAAAUACAUGAAUUGCGGCCAGACCUGCAUCGCCCCCGACUACAUUCUGUGCGACCCGUCCAUCGAAAACCAAAUAGUGGAGACUAUUAAGAAGACGCUGAAGGACUUUUAUGGUGAGGAUGUGAAGAAAUCCCCGGACUACGAGAGGAUUGUGAACAAACGGCAUUUCAAGAGACUCAUGGGCCUCCUGGAAGGGCAGAAGAUUGCUUAUGGCGGGGAAACGGAUGAAUCCACGUGCUUUAUAGCACCAACGAUUCUCACGGACGUCAACCGGGAGUCCAAGGUCAUGCAGGAGGAGAUCUUCGGCCCCAUCCUGCCCAUCGUCACCGUGAAGGGCCUGGACGACGCCAUCCAGUUCAUCAACCAGCGGGAGAAGCCCCUGGCCCUUUACGUCUUCGCCGACAACAAGAAGAUAAUCAAAAGGAUGAUUGCAGAGACUUCCAGCGGUGGAGUGACAGCCAACGAUGUUUUGAUGCACUUCACUCUUCCGUGCUUCCCGUUUGGAGGCGUUGGUAACAGCGGGAUAGGGGCCUACCACGGCCGGUACAGCUUUGAGAACUUCUCCCACCAACGCCCCUGCCUUGUCCGGGCCCUCAAGAUGGAAGCGGUCAACAGCCUCCGCUACCCGCCCAACAGUCGCAAGAAGGUAGACUGGGCCAAGUUCUUUGUCCUGACGAAGUUCAACAAACGCAAGAUUGGGCUCGCCAUCCUCGCAGUCUUGGGCAUCCUGGCGGCCGUCGUGGUCAAGAACGGCCGGGUUAGGCUAGGGAUUAAGACCUUGCUCGCUGCAGUGGCCACACAGAGAAUGUGGAGCCUCGGUAGGAACUGAUGAAACCCAUAUUCAAGGCCGGCGCAGUUCAGGGGAGGUCGCGUUUUUCUGAGUCCAGGGUUCACCGACACCAUUGACGGAACAAGUCGUGUUAUACAAGCUGUUCUCACCAGGUUAAGGGGGCUGGUUGCUAAAGCACACUUCUGUAAGGAAUUUUGCCAUUUCUUUUUAAUCAUUAAACACACUAAAAAGUCACGUGACCCUUCCUCGAGAGGAGGAUCUGAGCGACAGUCUGCGCCCACAGCCUCCCGCUGUAAACGAGGGGUUUCAGGCAGCGAAACCGAAAAGCGCUGUCAAUAUUCUUGCUGCUGUUCCUGAAGGGUUCUUAACACCCAAAAAAUGUGAGGGUUUUUAAAAAGAAAGAAAGAAGUGGCCUUGCUCUGUGCCAGAUGGGCCGAUACAUCAGCCCCCAUCUCGCCUCUGGCUUAGGUUAUCUUUGAAAUAAUAAUCAAUCAUUAGAAACGAGGAAUGUGAAAUGCUCCAAAAGGAGGCUGAAAUCAGAAUGGGGUUGUGGUUUUUUGGGGGGAGUGCAAUUGUACAGGAAAUAAACAAAUGGAAGCCUUCGAUAGAUGGAGUGCUGGUCCCAAAUUAAAUAAUUAAACAAAUUAAAUAAUAAAGGGAUACGGGGUGUAUAUUCCAAAAGGCCUACUUGCCCAUAUAAUGAUGUUAGUCCUCAUCCACCUUCACUCCCCUCCAGAAAGGGAAAUUUUCUCGUGAAAAUUUGGACCCUUAAACCGCUUCUGUACCAGAGUUGUCCAUGCAGAAACAAGUCACAAAUUUCUGCUCCUGCUUAGGAUUACAGAGAGGGUUAGGGUAUCGCCUGCCAGAAGCUGAUUGGCAGUCGUGGUGUAGUGGUUAAGAGCCAGUGUGGUGUAGUGGUUAAGAGCGGUAGACUCGUAAUCUGGGGAGCCGGGUUCGCGUCUCCGCUCCUCCACAUGCAGCUGCUGGGUGACCUUGGGCUAGUCACACUUCUUUGAAGUCUCUCAGCCUCACUCACCUCACAGAGUGUUUGUUGUGGAGGAGGAAGCGAAAGGAGAAUGUUAGCCGCUUUGAGGCUCCUUCUGGUAGUGAUAAAGCGGGAUAUCAAAUCCAAACUCUUCUUCUUCAUUGCAAAAUGAAAGGGCGCUGUGCAAGACAGCAGGCUGGUUUCUCACCUGACUCUGUGCCAAAUACCUUAUUUUAUAUGGUGGCGGUGGAGAACCUCUGGGCGAUGCAGGACUCCCCAACUUCCAGCAUCCCUGACCAGACUGCCUGGGGCUGAUCUGGAGCUGGGGGGGGGGGGUCCUGCAAAAUCCAGACGGGCUGCAGGCCAGCUGCCCAGUCUGAUUUGGCUUGCAAAGUGUCACGAGCCCAGCGAAGCGGCCUUAGGGUGUGACUGAUUUCAGGCCGCAGUCAUCGACAUCCAGAGGUGGGGGACCUGUGGCCUUUCAGAUGUCAACCCCGCCCGCGCCUCACAUUUAAAGCACUAUGAUGCCAUUUUCAAGUCAUGGCUUCACCCCCACCCCAAAAAAUUAUGGCAGCUGUAGUUGGAUAAAGGUGCUGGGACUUGUUAGGAGAUUCCAAGUUCCCCUCCCAGAGCUACAGUUCCCAGAGUUCACUGCAAAGAGGCAGAAGAGAAAGUGUUUCGUUUUUUAAGAGAGAGGUUUCCGAGAUGGGCGUUUUAAUACAACCUCCCCUGGCACCUUCCAAUAUGUUUUUGGACUACAAAAUCCAUCAGGUUGGCUGAGGCCGAUGGGACUUGUAGUCCCGACCCUCUGGAAGGCACCAGUGGAGGCCGGUCUGAUUCACUGCAACUGACUCAUCCCAUUUCUAUGCUAGCAGGUGGAUUAAAUUCAACUAGAGCGACCUAUAGAUUUGUUUCCAACUGACCUUUUCUUUUCCAAGCACUUGUCUUACUUUCGUUCUCUCCCCUUCAAAACAAACCCUUCUUACAUAAAGUAUUUUAGAUGCAGAGAAUGAAAGAACUGACAUGAGUUUAGAAUUAUCAUCAAAAUAUUUUUUAUGGGAAGAUGGAUAUAUAUAUAUAUCUCUGUAUGUAAGAAAUGUGGGUGUAUCCUUGUAACUUACGCAAGCUGCAAAUAUAACAUGAUUAAAACUCAAGAGUGGGUUGAAGCUUUUUAAUGAU